AUGCCGUUGAGCACAUGUUCAAGCGGGCUUAUCGUGACAGCGCUGGUGGCACUGCUUUUUCUACCAGCGCAGUAUUACGUACCAGACUUGUACUCCAAGUCGGAGGAGGAAUUCGAAACACCACAGACUCCCACUGUUUCCCCGCCAACAAACGCUUGGUUCUACCUUGCAUUCACUCAUUUUCCCCCUCUAGACAUAUUUUUUACACUCGUACUAUUGAUGUCAGCCUUCCUUACGUAUAUAUGCGAAUGGAUUCAAAGGAAAAUAAUGGAAAGAAGAAUAGUCAAGUUGAACCAGUACUUGUUUGCGAGCGUGGACCGUCUCCGCGAGUGGGACGCCCGCCACGAACAGCUGGAAGCGACUCUGAAGAUGGUCCAGAACGCCACCGCGGAGUACAACCUGCUCCUGUACUUACUGCUGCGGAAGCACCGCUGCUUGGCCGCGCACACAGGUCCCCCCUCCAACUGCUUCUUCGAUAAGGAGUUCGAGGAUGACCUUUUUUUAAGGAGCCCUACGGUCGAGCAGCCAGCGCUGUGA